AUGGCGACGUCACCGGUUGUUAACUUCAUCACUGGCAACGCCAAUAAGUUGCGCGAGGUCAAGGCCAUCCUCGAACCGGCCAUCGUCGUGCAAAGUCAAGCUAUAGAUUUGGAUGAAGUCCAAGGCACUGUUGAAGAGGUCACGAUCGCGAAGUGCCGUAAGGCUGCAGACACGGUCCAGGGCCCUGUUCUAGUCGAGGACACAUGUCUUUGUUUCAAGGCUCUCAACGACCUCCCUGGUCCAUACAUCAAGUGGUUUAUGCAGUCUAUUGGGCAUCAAGGUUUGAACAACCUCCUUGCCGCUUACUCGGAUAAGUCUGCCGACGCUGUCUGUACUUUUGCUUAUUCUCCUGGCCCUGGCCAUGAGCCAGUCCUUUUUCAAGGUCGCACUAGGGGCAAGAUUGUGCCACCCCGGGGUCCCACGGAUUUCGGCUGGGACGCUAUCUUCGAGUACGAUGGUCAAACCUACGCCGAGAUGGAUAAGACCGCGAAGAAUAAGAUCUCUCACCGCGGCCUCGCGCUCAAGAAGCUGCAGGAGUGGUUUGCCCAGAAGGCAGACUAA